GGGCUGAACAGAAAAAGGUGAGAGACAGCCUUCUAGUAGCUUGAAACAUGAACAGCAACUCACUUGAAAAUGAUACAAUACUCCUCCCAGUAUGACUCAGAAUAACUAUCAAAUGUGUUUGUCAAUUAUAUCGUCCCCAAUAUGUUCCUCUUGGUAAACCGUUGAAUUGUUUGCUCAGUGGAAGACAUGAUGAUUGUGCAGAAUUGGAAUAGUACUUAGUCGACUCACUGAUCAAUUAAGUGACAUGUUCUUUUCCAUUUUACUGGUAUACAUCACUAUCAUGUUCAUAAGAAACUGUGAAUAAUGACAAUAGUUUCUCUCUGUAGGUUCAGAGAAAAGGAAGGUCAGAGCUCCGAAAAACUAAAUGAAAGACAACUCCCGAUGGAAUUGAAAUCUUCCAAUGUAGGAUCCAGACCAGUGGAGUCAGAUGAUGAGGCUGUUGUCAUCGUCUCAAGCUCUAGCUCAGCGAAUUCUUAUGGUGCAGCAGGAUCCAGGACUGAUGACAUCACAUCUCUCUCUGCUGCACAUAACCCCUUAAUCUCUGCCUUCAUGAACUGUGGCCAGGAGGGAUGGGGGGUCCAGGACACAAUGACCCACAACACCCACACAUACAACACACUUACUACCAGGGACUAUGGCAGCCCUGGGCAGCAUAACGAAGCCAGGCAUACUGGUUUAUCAAACGUUGCUUCUCCUCUCUUCCUCCCACACCCUCCACUGGGCCAGACUCACCACCUAGGGUCUGUUGGCUUCAGGAGGCCCCAGGUGCAGAGCAGGAAACCAGUGGGGCCUCACCCACCUCACCACCGAGGAGGUCCAAGUGGUCCAGCACCAGAACUCUCCCAUAGCCACAGCCACACAUCAGACCACCAGCCUCAGCAGCAGCAGCCACAGCACCAUCAGGCUGAGUUUGACUACCCUCUCCCCCUGCCCCCAAAGGUCAGCAGGAUGCACGUACCUGAGAGUGCCCUGCGUAGCCUGGAGAAGAGCCCCUCCCCCUCGGUGUCCGGCAGCCCUUGGUCCCUCACCGACAUGCUCAACAGGAUCCACAGCAGGGAAGGGUUUGGGAUCAACUCAGUGAGCCCCCAGGGGAAGCUGCUCCAUGCUCAGACCCAGUAUGAGAGGCCAGGCCUGGAGCUGGGGGUGAACAAGGAGCUCUGGCCAUCACAGCCCAAUCAACCACUACCUGAUGAUGAGCCAGAGUACCUGCCUCUCCACAACAUGAUGCGCUACCACCAGAACAGCUUGAUUGGUUCUGCUGGGCUGCUAAGACAACUAUGUGGACCCUAGAGUGCCCUCCUGUAAGUCACCUAUGCUCGACCUAUAAGUGAUCUCUUGUUCAGUAAACACAACAGGUCAGGUAGACAUGAACAUUUUCCCCCACCACUUGUGGACAUCUAGCAACAUCCCUGGGUAGACUUGAGGCAAAUUAAUAUGCAAUAUUGAGUCAUGUAUAGUUAAUUUCUCUUUGCUAUGUUAGACGUUGCAAAAAAUAAAAUCCAUAUUUUUCAGUUGUAAAAUAGGGAAGUGGUUUGCUAGGAUAAGGAACUGGGGACUCUUUUGCCCUGACAUUAGAUUUGUAUCAUUUGUAAGGGGAGCUAACAACUAUGCAAUAGAUUUGUAUCAUUUGUAAGGGGAGCUAACAACUAUGCAAUAGAUUUGUAUCAUUUGUAAGGGGAGCUAACAACUAUGCAAUAGAUUUGUAUCAUUUGUAAGGGGAGCUAACAACUAUGCAAUAGAUUUGUAUCAUUUGUAAGGGGAGCUAACAACUAUGCAAUAGAUUUGUAUCAUUUGUAAGGGGAGCUAACAACUAUGCAAUAGAUUUGUAUUUUUUUAAACUUUUAUUUAACCAGGCAAGUCAGUUAAGAACACAUUCUUAUUUUCAAUGACGGCCUGGG